UUUUGCAGUAAUAAAAACUUGUAGAAAUUUGUUUAGGCUGUACAAUAUGUAGCAAGAAGUAAGAACCAAAAUACUUAAAUUCCAUGCAUUCAUUCCUUCGUUAUUUUAACCUCAACAGCAUUGUUCACUAAAUGGGCACCGCCAACUAAACGAGAAACAAUGGUACUUCGCGAGACAUUUUUGUCAUAAAAAUAAUAAUAAUAAAUGCAUAGUCCAUUUACAGCGUUAACUUCCUGCAUAAUGACAGUACCUUGAUCGACUUCGUGCUGUGUUAUUGUAUUAUGGAUUAAUAAGAAAAUGUGUAACACCGAAUCAAGGCUUGAUGGUAAAACCAUCAUAGUGACCGGUGGUAGUGCAGGAAUAGGCUAUGAAGCUGCUAAAAAUCUAGCCUAUAAAGGAGCUAGAGUCAUCAUCGCAAGUCGCAACAAAACCAAACUUAUAAAAGCCAAAGAUCGCCUCCAAAAACUAACAGGGAAUCCACUUAUCACAUACAGGCAAAUAGAUUUAGCAUCAUUGAAAUCUGUGAGGAACUUUGCAAGCGAGACAUUAAAAGCGGAAGAAAGGUUAGAUGUUUUAAUAAACAAUGCUGGCGCAGUGGGACUGUCAGACCGACUCACUGAAGAUGGACUCAACUUGACAAUGCAAGUGAAUUAUUUCGGCGCGUUCCUGCUUACAUAUCUAUUGCUGCCUCUGUUGAAGUCCUCAUCACCGAGUCGUAUAAUAAACAGUUCAGCGUCGUCAAUGUACAUUGGACAUUUGGAAUUCGAUCAUUGGAAUGAUAUCGGAAGGUAUAACUCUAUAGAAUCUCUAGCCAAUUCUAAGCUGGCUGUUGCACUAUUUACAGCUGAAUUAGGUAAUAAGCUAAAAGAUACUGGUGUCACAGCAAAUACCUUCGAUCCAUUCAUAGUUCGUGAGACAGAUAUUCUAAAUAAUAUACCAGGCUUGAUUCGAAAUGUUUCUCAGUUGUUUGUGGAUGUAAUUGGACAGCCUAAAGAAGAUGUAGGAAGAGAAAUAACGUUCUUAGCAGCGGAUCCUAAUAUGGAAAAUGUCACUGGAGAGCAUUAUAAGUUCUGUAAAAAAUGGAUAAACCAUUGGUUGGUCAAUGAAGAAUUGUUGACUAAGCUGUUAUGGGAUGAAUCAAAGAAGGUUGUUAAUAUUACUUCAGAAGAAGAUUGGGAACGAGUAACAUGACGAAACUACGUUUUAAACAAAUUUUAUUUUAUAAACAAUGUGAUUAAUACGAACGUGUGUAAAAAGUGUAAAUAAUGGACAGGUACUAUUUCUUUUUCCUUACUCUUCUGGUUACGCAAUUUCUAUAUUAAAGUGAUAAAUAUAAUAAACUAUAAGUUAUACCUAUCUUAUAACCAAGCAUUGCCAGUGUUAAGGCCUUCAAACCUUGAAAACCUUGCGUAAGUAAAUUGUGAAACAAGAUUAUGAAAUUACCAAUCAACUUAUUUGCAAUGUUGAUAUUGAAAUAAUUUCAA